AUGUCUAACUUGUUUCGCAGAAUCCUUCUACUUAGAUCUCCAUCGUCAGCCUUUUCUCACGGAUUUUCCGAAUGUCCGUUGAAAUUUUUGAGAUACUUAUCUACCUCUUCUGAGAUUGUAUCAUCUCCGAAAUCUGCUUCGUUGGCUUCUAAUGCUGUUCAGCUCAAGAAUAAUCCGAAGGCUCUUGUUGCGUUACUUGCGAAUCAUGGAUUCUCUGAAUCGCAAAUCUCUGACAUUACCAAGAGGCAGUCUAAAAUUCUCUGUCUGAACCCCGAGAAAAUCCUAUCACCCAAAUUGUUGUUUUUUCAAUCUAAAGGUCUUUCUUCCCCAGAGAUCGUCAAAUUAGUGUGUUCAAUUCCUUGUGUUUUAACAGGAAGUUUAAACAAACGAAUUAUUCCUAAUUUUGAUUACCUUCAAGCCGUGUUUGGAAGUGAGGAGAAGACUCUCAUUACCAUAAAGCGGUUUGCGGGUAUUCUCGCUUGGGAUCUUCGAAUUUCAGUUGGUCCCAAUAUCGAAAUUCUGAAACAAAUUGGAGUGCCGGAUUCAAAUAUUUUCAAAUAUCUUCAGUACCAGCCUAGAGUGUUCUUGAUAAAUCCCGUCCGAUUCAAGGAGGCUGUAGAGAGAGUUAAGGAAAUGGGAUUCAACCCUCAGCAAUUGCAGUUUGUUGUUGCUGUUUUUAUUCUGCGAGCAAUGACCAAAUCUACAUGGGAUAAGAAGGUUGAAGUUUAUAGGAAAUGGGGAUUGUCUGAAGAAGAGAUCCGUAUAGCUUUUAGAAAGAGUCCUUUGUGUAUGGCAUUUUCUGAGGAUAAGAUUAAUGGUGUAAUGGAUUUUUUUGUCAACAAAUUGGGAUGCGAAUCAUCUUUCGCUGCUAGAAGACCGAUUUUACUUUCACUUAGCUUGAAGAAGAGGAUUUUGCCUAGAGGCUAUAUUUAUCAAGUUUUGCUGUCAAAGGGUUUGAUUAAGAAACACGAGAAUCUUGCUUGGUUCUUUGAGUCUCCUGAAAAGCGUUUCAUAGAAAAAUUCAUCAACCCUCAUACAGAGCAGAUUUCUGGAUUGUUGGAGUUGUAUGAAGAGAAAUUAAAGGAUUAUAGAAGAUGA